UUACGUGAAGGAAUCGGAGCUGCUCAGCUUCUUCGUCUACGACACCAGGCUAGGUCUCAAGGAAGGAACAGUACGUACAGCAAGCCAUCUCUCCUCCACUCGCGUACUGCUAUCUUUCUGUUCAGGAGGAGCAGAAGAUACUCUAUUACCACCCGGAUAACGAGUCAGUGAACAAGAAAGUUCGGAAUGUAGGACUGUGCGAGGCUCUGGUCAACUUUACCAAGACCUUCAACCCCGACCGGCCGUGUCAGGCCGUCCACACGGACAGAAAGAGGCAGGUUUUCCUUGAACCAGAGCCAGAGAUAUGGACUGUCAUGACAGUAAGUAUUCCAUGGGUGGAGCAGGUGAACAAUGGAGAGAGGACCGUGCAGUACAUUCAAGACUAUGUGCAAGACGAAGUACUUGAAACAGCUCUGCAACGCUCUUACUCUAUGUUCAAGCUCUUCCAUGGUUCAUACACCGAUGUAUGCAACCAGGCAGGACAAGAGGGUUUAAGGGCAAGACUGCAGAGAUUCUAUUCUCGAUACCUCCAGACAAUAGAUGUUGACAAAUUGGACAUAUUCAGCAUCUUUCAAGGGAUGCAGUUCCUACCAUUAGACAAGUACAUGUACCUCAAGGCACACUGUUUCGUGAACCUCGUCGAAACCACGUACAGAAACAUUCAACGUACUGUUUUCCUCUAUGGAGAUCAGCUGGUCUGGAGUGGGCUAGGUCAAGAAGACAUCCAGAUCUUCUACCAGUACCUGCUGACAUGGCUGUUUCCCAACUGGGCCUCUGAGAACCCUGCCCUCGUGGCUUCACUGAACCCUCUCUCCCAACACUCGUCACUCUCCCUCUCCUCCCCUCCCAUCUCCUCCUCCCUCCCUGCCUCACACCCCUCCAUCGCCCUCACUAAUGUCACAGGACCUGGGGGUUUCAUACUGGGUCAGCCUGGUACCGGAGACCAAAGGAAGAGUCCGUGGGUCUAUGUGACGGUCGACGGCCUCCUUCAGGGCUGCAAGCUCUUUGUCUUCAAUGUUGGGAGUGCCACCAUGUGCUUCUUUGUCAAAUCUCUGGGGAAGAACUCGCCCUCGGCCGACUUCUGCAAGAAGCUGGGGACUUUUCUCAAUCCUAGACUCUCUCAAAUAUCCAGAGAAAUUGCCGAUUUUAUUGCCAAGUCCAAGACCCCCAGUACAGAGCAGCUGUACAAGUAUGUCUACUUCAAUGAGAUGAACCUGGCAGUCAAGUCGAGCCGGAGCUCCCGCCGCAGCCCCUCCCCUUCCCACCACAUCUCCCCCGAGGCCAUGAGAAUCAUCAUCGACCUCAACAGAGAGUACAACGAACUGGAUGAGGGCGAGACAAUUAUGAGGACAUUGAGUGAUUUCUGGGUCGUAUGUCGCAAGUCCGGCCACCGAAGAUUCUUCGUCAUUCUCACUCAGAAAAAUGCCAACUUUGCCGAGAUUAACGAGGAGGUCCGGAAGUUGUGUCAGAGGGAAUUCACAAACAUCUUCUUUCUUGACUAACACACCGACAUUCAUUAGCCACUUUAACUCUCUGUGUGUGUGUGUGUGUGUGUGCGCCGUGUAAAGUCUAAACUUUACAGACCGUCAGCUUUUGCAGCUGUAUAUACAUACCCUCCUGUAUACUUUUCGGAGCAUAAACGUGAGACUUACUAUAGUCUGAACUUUAAAC